GAAAGACCUUCAGUGUUUGCAUGCAGAGUACGGUAGUAACAGGUUGAUCAUGUGUUCUGUGUUGGUUGCUUUAGUACUGCUCGUGUGUUUGUUGCAGCCAGCAGCGCUAGGGCUUCAAACACAGAACGUCCAGGCCGGUCAAGGGGAUUCCAAGAGAGUACUUGGACAGUCCGUCAAAGGCCAUGAAGUCGUGUUUCCUAUCAGAGUGAACUCAGAUGGCAAGACAUUCCCUUCAAAUCUUCAUUUUCGCAAUCGUAGACAGGCAGCAAAUUCGGAAGAGAGCUGGAACUCUACAGCGGCGUAUGUUAUCGAAGCAUUCGGUCAAAAGUUCCAUCUAAAUUUGAGAGAAGAUGAGGGAUUUUUAGCUGGCAGUUUUGUGUUUGAAUAUUCAGGGAAUAUGGGACAUGGAAAUGUUAAUGAUACUUUAACGGGGGAGUAUGGAGACGACACAAUACUGACAGAGCCGUCAUUUGGUGCCUUCAAAACUGAAAAUGGAACACAGUAUUAUGUGGAGCCUUUACCAAGUGAAGAUAGUAAAGACACGGUGGCUGAUGAGAACAGUAAACCACAUGUGAUUUACAAGCAUACUGAUUUGCCCCAUACACAGAAACCAAUCGAAUCAACUUGCGGGGUUAAAGAUCACCAUCAUCAUACACUUCUUCAGAGUGAACAGAGAAAAUCAACUCAAAGAAAUACAAAUCUUAAAUCAACAAAAUCACGUCAGAAAAGAUUUAAUUCAUAUGAAAGGUUUGUUGAAACCAUGAUAGCAGUUGAUAGUAAGAUGUUGGCCUACCAUGGCGGAGAUUUAGAGCACUAUGUUCUAACUCUCAUGGCAUUAGUAAGUAGCAUUUACAAAGAUAAAUCAAUUGGUAACUCUAUUAGUAUAACUGUGGUCAAGUUAAUUGUCAUUGAUGAACAGAAAGAUUCUCCAAAAAUAUCUUCACAUGCACCGAAUACACUCAAUCAUUUCUGCCAGUGGCAGCAAGAACAAAACACUGCAGAUGACAGUCACCCAAAUCAUCAUGAUACUGCUAUUCUGUUAACCAGACAAGACAUAUGCAGGUCAACUAACAAAUGCGAUACUCUCGGUUUAGCUGAAUUGGGUACAAUGUGUGAUCCAUUUCGCAGUUGUUCAAUUGUAGAAGAUAAUGGUCUGAGUGCUGCAUUCACGAUUGCUCAUGAACUUGGUCAUGUAUUUAACCUACCUCAUGAUGAUGAUCGAAACAAGUGUGCAAAAAACAAUACAGGAAAGUUGCAUGUAAUGGCACCAACUUUAACUUAUAACACAAACCCAUGGUCCUGGUCAGUCUGCAGUAAAAAUGAACUAACAGAAUUUUUAAAUCUUGGGCAUGGUGAGUGUUUAUUGGACAGGCCACCAAGUUCGAUGUAUGUCUUACCUAAAGCUCAGCCUGGAACUCAAUACAAUGUGAACAGACAAUGUGAACUGCUAAUUGGAGCCAAUUCAACCGUUUGCCCAUAUAUGAGAGCCUGUAAAAGGCUUUGGUGUACAAGUCCAUUUUCGUCUGAGGGCUGUAGAACACAACAUAUGCCCUGGGCAGAUGGUACAUGGUGUGAUGAAAAUAAGUGGUGCAUUCAGGGUGAGUGUAAAAAUAAAACUCAUAACAGCAAGCCUGUAAAUGGAGGCUGGGAUAAAUGGUCACCAUAUACACAGUGCUCAAGAACAUGCGGUGGUGGAGUAAAAUCAUCAGAGAGAUAUUGUACGAAUCCACAUCCAAAGAAUGGUGGUAAAUAUUGCAUUGGUAGAAGAACAAAAUUCAAACCAUGUCAUACAAAGCCUUGCCCUCCAGGACAACCAAGUUUUCGAGAACAACAGUGUUCAUACUAUGAUGGGCAACAUUUUAAUCUCAACAAUCUACCUCCUAAUGUUAGAUAUGUUCCAAAAUAUAGUGGAAUUCAAAUACAAGACAGAUGUAAGUUAUUUUGCAGGGCAUCUGGUACUGCUCAUUAUCACCAGCUAGCUAAAAUGGUUGUUGAUGGCACACCAUGCGGGCCAGAUACUGAUGACAUAUGUGUUCGUGGUUUAUGCAGGAAAGCCGGAUGUGAUCAUGUAUUGGGGUCAUCUACUCGAAAAGAUAAAUGUGGUAUAUGUGGUGGCGAUGAUUCCUCUUGUAAAGCAAAAUCAGAUACUUAUAAUAAAGCUAUAUUUGGAUACAACACAGUUGUUCAAAUACCUUCUGGUGCUAAAAAUAUAGAAGUCAGUCAGCAUGGUUAUAAAAACCAAAUUGAUGAUGAUAAUUAUUUAGCUCUUAUGAAUAGCAACUAUCAAUAUAUAAUGAAUGGUAAUUUUGCUGUUAGUAUGUACAGAAGAUUUGUAGAAGUAGCUGGAGCAGUUAUUGAAUAUAGUGGUUCUAACACUACCAUUGAAAGAAUUAAUUGUUCUAGAAAGAUAGAAGAAGAUAUUAUUGUACAGGUGUUGUCUGUUGGUAGUUUGAAUCCCCCAAGGAUUAGAUAUACUUACACCGUCCCAAUUGUAGAUAAUGCUGUCAUCUAUGUAUGGGAUCGUUAUGGUCCAUGGAAACAAUGCUCAAAACAAUGUAAUGGAGUUAAAGAGAGAGUCAUUCAUUGUGUGGGAGCAGAUGACAGAGGAAAAGUAGAAGAUCAUCACUGCAACGCCCAAUCUAAACCACCUGCUCUUCAGGCACCUUGUAACGCAAAAUGUAUUCCUGUAUGGCAAACUGAAAUCACAACUGCAUGCUCAGUUCGUUGUGGUACUGGUAAACAGCAUCAAGUGAGCGUAUGUACAAAUUCACGAAAUAAUAAUACAAUUUCUGAAGAACACUGUGAUUUACAACCAAAACCUUUGGAAUAUGUUGAAUGUGAGGGUAGUUGUCGUCAAACGCACUGGGAAUACGGUAGUUGGUCUGAGUGUUCUGUCACAUGUGGUGGAGGAAGAAGUAAUAGAAGAGCCAGCUGCCUAGAAGAUACUGGUGCUGAACUGAGUGACAGUGAAUGUGAUAUAUCUCAACAACAAAUAAUCACGACAUCAUGUCAGGAACAGAAGUGUCCUUACUGGGAACAUACAGAUUGGUCAACAUGUUCAGUGACAUGUGGAGCUGGUGAGAGAGUUCGACAGUUGCAUUGUAUGUAUGGUAACGAUUAUGUUGGUGAAAUAGAAUGUGAGCAAGCCACAAUGCCAGCCAGUAAAGAAGCAUGUGUUUUAGAAGACUGCCCUGUAUGGAGAUACAGUACAUGUUCAGUUACAUGUGGAAGAGGAUAUAAACUGAUUGAAUGUUGUGCUAGUGAUGGUACCAUACUUGAUGAAGAACACUGUAGUCCUGCACUCAUACCUACAAUGGAAUGUAACCGACCUGCAUGCCCUGAUAAUGUGCCAACAACAAUUACUAGUCAGCUUUUAAUAAGGAAAUCACCUAGAGUCACACAGUGGAGAACUGGAUCCUGGACACAAUGUUCAAAGACAUGCGGAGUUGGUAGCAAGGAGCGAUAUGUCAGCUGUCGUGACAGUGAAGGCAAAGGAGCAGAUGACAGAGAAUGCAUUGAUUCUGAAAAACCACCAUCCAAAGAAAGUUGUCAAGUUCAGCCUUGUCCUUAUUGGAGAACUGGGGAAUGGCUUCCAUGUCCAGUUACAUGUGGUUCAGGCAUAACCAGUCGUUAUGUGGCAUGUGUUCAAGAAAAUGGUGAAAUAGCUAUAACUGAAACCGAUUGUGAUGUAUCACAAAGACCUAGCUCAGAACAAAAGUGCAAUACCCAUCAAUGUAUGAUGAUCAGUGAUGAAAUAGUUGUGGCAAAUGUAUUUAUCAGUAACAUUAAAGUGGCACAUACAAGUCAUUGGAGAACUGGGCCCUGGGGAUCAUGUUCAAGUACUUGUGAUCAGGGUUGGAAAAGACGUGUUGUAGUUUGUCAAGAUGAAAAUGGUGAUAUUAGUUCCUGUGAUGAGUCACUAAAACCAACUGAUAUUGAUGUAUGUGAUGCAGGUCCAUGUCCUACUUGGAACUUUGGCGAAUGGGGAACUUGUUCCAGAUCUUGUGGUGGAGGCACCAAAUCUCGUAUUGUACAGUGUCAGACGUAUAAUGGCCAGCCACUGAAUGACCAUGGAUGUUACCCUGUAGAGAGGCCGCCAGACACCAUUCCUUGCAAUGUAGGAGAAUGUCCUUCAUCAACGGAAUGGUACAGAAAUGACUGGUCACCGUGUUCAGCUACAUGUGGCAGAGGACAAAGAUAUCGUGCAGUUUACUGUAUUGACAGUGAAGGCAGAGAUCUACCAGAUGAGCUAUGCCAAAGUGAGAAACCUAAACAGUCAAGAGGAUGUCGUGUAAUGAAAUGUCCAAAAUGGAAGUCAGAACCCUGGAGUAAGUGUUCAGUUAAAUGUGGAGAAGGUGUGAAGACAAGAGAAGUAAAAUGUACUAAAGAUAGAUACCGUACAGGGAUUUCUGAAUUGUGUGACCCAAGAAAGAAACCAAUUGAUACACGCAAAUGUAAAAAACCUGAUUGUGUCACAUAUACAUGGAGGACUGGUAGGUGGUCACAGUGUACAAGGUCUUGCAGCGGAGGUAAAAGACACAGAGUUGUUCAUUGCAUUGAUAGUAAAGACCAGCUUGUAGAAGAUAGAAAGUGUGGUAAAAAAAGACCCAGGAACUCAAAGAAAUGUAAUUCCCAAUCUUGCCCUGGUCCUACAGUUAUAUGGACCAAUGGCCAGUGGUCUGAAUGUUCACAGACAUGUGGACAGGGUCACCAAUCAAGACGAGUGUCUUGUAAGAUACUCAGCAAAGGAGGAUGGCCUGUACCAGGAGACACUACAGGAUGUGAAGUGAGUAAAAAGCCAUCAGCAGUCAAAUUAUGUAAUCUGGGUGAAUGUGACGCUAGCAAUCAUUGGAUAGUAGGAAUGUGGAGUGAAUGUUCUAGGAGUUGUGGAAUUGGAAUAACACAAAGAAAAGUACAAUGUACAGGUAGAAGUGGGGAAACUAGAUUAGAAAAUAUGUGCCGUCCUCCUGCUGUCAAACCUGAAAGUUUCAGAACAUGUGAUAGUGGACCAUGUUUACCUGGAAGUUGUCAAGAUGUUAAAAAGAUGAAAGGUGUUACCAAGGACAGUGAAUAUCAAAUCUUAGUGCAUGGAAGACUGUUACAGGUGUACUGUUAUAAUAUGAUAUCAGAUAAUCCAUCCGAAUAUCUUACACUGCCAGCUGGUGAAGCUGAAAAUUUUUCAGAAAUUUAUCCAAAAACUUUAUUAGAGCCCAAAAAGUGUCCAGAUAAUGGGAACAGGAAUUAUGACUGUGCUUGUACUGUUCAUGGUCAUCCAGAAUCUGGAUUUUCAUCAUUCACUAAAAUCAGAAUUGAUAUAAAUACAUUAUCAGUUCUUGAUGAUGAUUCCAAGUUCUCAACAACGAAAAUUGGAAUCUUUGUCCCAUUUGGUACUGCAGGUGAUUGUUAUAGUUACGCUAAUUGUCCACAGGGACAUUUCAAUAUUAAUUUAACUGGCACUGGUUUAGCUGUCACUGCCGAAACAAGCUGGGAUACUGCUGGUACAGCUGUCACCAGAAAUAUUUUCAGAGAAAAGAAUGGUCAAAUAAUACGUGGUAGGUGUGGUGGUUAUUGUGGUAAAUGUUUUCCAGACAGGAUGAGUGGAUUACAACUUGCAUUCCUUUCAUGA